AUGGCUUUACAAACACCAAAACAAAGAGCGGCUAACGCCAAGUUUGAAAAGAAAGUUACAAAACAAUGGGGAAAGCCUAAAUCAGAUAAAGAAAGAGUUGAGUAUCCAGUCUCCAAAAUUUGGUUAUUUGUAUUGUUGUUCUUAGUAGCUGGUGGUGCUGUUUUGGAGUUAAUCCGAAUGCUUUUCUGA